CAAACUUUGAGUGGACUAUGAUGAGGAACUAACACAGAAAAGAGAAAGAUGCAUAUAAGCCAACUAAUUCAUGAUUAGUGUAAAGUUUUAGGUUAAUAAUAUAUUUCACUAUUCGCCAAAGAGUGAUAUAAUGUGAUUGUUUUAGUUUAAAUACUGGCACGACUCGCUUUUCAAAUAGUUGCCAUUGUCCCACAAGAUGGCACAAUGAGCCGAGAAGUGGUGGUGCUAUAUGUUGUUCUUACUUAUUAAUUCUGGUAACUGUACAUAUUGUGAAAAUUGUUGGCGCUUCCCAGAACAUACGUGCACAAAAAAUAUAGUGAAUCCAUACAUGCACACUUAAAUUCAGUUCACAGAAUAAUAUAAGUGCCGGUAGAAAGUCUGUCUGUGAUAUGUCUAGUCGACCACGCCAAAGACGCACACGUUUCACCAGUGGAAGUACAGUAGACGAAGCCUCUUGUCGUCCAAAGAAGGUGCAUAUGAGCCCAGUGCAUCAGUGUAAAUCUCAAUGUAAUGAGCAGCAUACUUCCUUGCCGUCUUCACCAAAUUCUCCUUAUUUGGAUUCAGCAAAUAUGCUGUUUCAUAAUUCUGACAUUGGUUUGAGUAAUUAUGUUAACCAGAAAGAUAUUCCUGUUGAUCGUCCUGAUGCAGCUGAAGAUGAGAAUUCAUUUGCAUCAAGCAUGUUUUCCGAGAAGCUUGUCCAACCAGAAUUAAAUUUGGCCAUUGAACCUACAUCCACGACUGAUCAUGAAUCGUUAAAUCACGAAAAUUCAUCCGUUGGGAAUAGAUUGUUGAAUUCUCAUUCAAGCACAAUGCGAGAUUCAGAUUCCCAUGUUAAUAUGGACGGGAUCUUGAUGCAAAGUGAGAGGAUGGUUUUAACACCAAGUGCGGUUGCAACAGAUGAGGCUGGCAGCUCUGAGGGAGAGUAUGAAAAUGAGGGUCACGACUCAAAUAUACGUCAGGCGAAUUCUUCAAUUCAUCAUAGUGCUUGUAGAAAUAGAACAGGUAAAUCUAGCUUGGUUGGUACUUCGUGCAGUCAGCCAUUGGAACUUGUUGAGUCUGAAUCACAGGAAAGUACAUAUUCUAAUUCAACCAAAGCCUCUGUUUUGGAUUCCAUAUCACCUAAAUUAACUGAAUGCAGUUCUGAGAGGCCUGGAAAUUUGUCAACACGAAGCUCUAAUACAAACAAACCAAAUGAAUUCCUGGAAUCGUCAACAUCAAAUUGCUUCGUUGCACUGGUUAAGUGCAGUUCUCCACUUGAAAUUCUUUCUAACCAAACGUUGCCUGGAACUGCUGACUGUCGUCAAAGUGCAUCUUGCUUUCGAAAAUCGUCAGCUUUGACUAAUGCAAAUAAUUACCGUGUUUGUUCUAGCAAUGAUAAAAUGGUGCUAACAACCUGUCAUUCUUGUUGCUCGCACAGAUGCACUAAUCGAAACUAUGAUGAGAAUGAGGUGAAACCAGUUCCUUGUAGUUCAGCAGAUCAACUUUCACAACAUGAUUUUCAUCCAGCUAUAAAAUUGGCCGAUUUCUCACGGGAAUCUCAACAUAACGGUGUUGUUAUAAAGUCUGAAUCACCUUCAGUAUUCAGUGCAGCUGGUAACAGCAGCAACAACUUUCUGUCGAACCAACAUCAACUGGUAAAAAAAUGUGAAGUAUUCUCAGAAAAUGUCCCUUCCUUUUCCCCUGCUUCUUCGGAGAUGUCUACUACUUGUGAUAAAAAUUGUGGUAAUCGUCACAACAGUGUCUGCGAUAGUCCUGUGCCUCACUGUGUAAAUAAUAUUCAAAGUCCAGAGAGUGAGAGUCAUAACUAUCCACUUCGAUCCCGCCUACGCCAGACAUUUUUACGACAACAAUGGGAAGCCCUGCAAACAGCUCCUAAGUCACUUGGCCAGUUACCUACAGAAGUUAUGUUUCGUAUAAUUCACUAUUUGAGUAUACAAGAUGUUUUUCGUCUUCAGCGUGUUAAUCGUCGGUUCAAAGCAAUAAUGGAACAGUAUCUUCUACUGGUUAAGCGCAUUAAUUUCAGUAAUGGUCUUCCGUUUGCGUUUUUGCCGGAGUCAAUCACUGAUAUGACUUUGAAACGCAUUUUAAGUCGUACACCAGAAGUCACACAUAUCCUCGGCUUUUAUCCGAGAAAAAUAGUAGGAUCUUAUCCUUCUGAUGGUCAGUAUUCAAGCAUCAGUUCUGGAUACAAUUCACUGACUUAUGUGGGGGUUAUCGCAGCGUUUCGACUUUGCCCUAAACUUCGUUCUGUGGAAUUAAUGGAUGUAGAACUAAUGAGUGAGCUAGUUCGACAUCAUCCUCGCAUCAAAUUCCAUGGUAUGUUCAGGAAUCGUCCAGAUUCUUGGGACUGUGAGUAUGCCGUUCCUCUUCCACCGGAGCCAAACAACGAAGCAAUAGAAGAAAUCAGUGACCAAGAUCCACCGACGAAUGUUACUACUCAACGUGAUACUGACUCAAAUUCAAAGCCCCAAUAUGGAAGUUUUCUAAGCACUUUAUUUUGUUCGGCAACUUCAAUUUCAGCAAUUAAAAGUAGUUAUGGAAGGAGAAAAGCUUCAACCCGUUUAAAAUCUAAAGGACAUACAGGAUGUGAAUGCGCUGUACCAUCAUUCAACUUGGCAACUGCAGCUUUUUCAUUGUCACCUCCGUGUAAAAAUGGAAACCAUCACUCACUUACAAAAAUGGCUAUACACUCAGCUCAUAAGAUCUCUUUACGUCAUGCAAAUUUCGCUAAUUGGUUUGAACCUGUUGGUGAGUUACCCUUAGGCCAAGGUUCACCUUCCACAGCACCUCAUUUCCUGCCGUCUCGGUUGUUCACUGCUUUCAAUGGGGGUCCCAUCCUUCCUGUUGCCCAAGAAAAUGCAUCGAACAAUCCUAUGCCUUCAGUAGCACUGGACUGUUAUUCAAACGCAAUAGAAUCGUUGCGUAAUAUGGCUGUUUCACACUUUAUGCAGCCUGGCUUACCACCAAUUGAAGGUGAAUUAAUUGCUGUAGCCCCUUUCGGUUAUUCACGUUGUUCUCUGCAUGCUUUAGGAUCAAAUCGAAAUUCUGUCCGUAAUGCUCUUGGUCCGGUUUUAGCAUUUGCUUUUGGUGCUAUUUUCGUCCCCCCACAACCAGCUUCACCGUUAGUUUUACCACCUAAUAGUGCACAGCACUGUCGUUUGAUUGAUGUCAGGCAAUAUAACGGUUUUUUAUUGGGAGCUGGUGUAUUGAGGGGGGCACAAGGACGACAUCUAGCUUUUGAACGAAUACUCAACUUCCCACAAAAUGUUAAUCCAAUUAUUGUUGGUCGUCAAAUACAGUUGCAAGAUCUAGCACUUAGACGAAAUCAGCAAAGACAACCAUUAAGACACCGUCGACAGCGGACUAAUACAAACUUAAAUGCAUCUGGACCAUGGUUAGUCUCUCCAUUACCCAGCCAAAUGCAGUGGAUUGUUUUACCACAUGUUAUUACAAAUUUAACUAAAUUGGAUCUUGUUUCUGUCUCUAUAAGUGGUAUCCCUCGAUUGGAUAAUAUUAAAUAUCUUCAUCUUAAAUGGGUUAUAUUUUCCUCAGCUGAUCCCUUCUUUAGUUUUUUGGCGCCAAAACUUCAAUCUUUUGUAAUGAAUAACUGUAGUACACCGACAAGAGUUGUUCGAUUUCUUCGUAUUUUCUCAGCACUGUCUAGAGCACCUCAGCUUACACGACUUGAAUUAGUUGGUGUACGUUUCAUCGAAGGUCUUAUAGGACGUAUUAUUGAAGACACAAUAUCAAACGGUCGAGGGUUUCGUAAUCUUCAACGCUUGGUACUUUCAAGUAAUAGAGAUGCUUCAGAAGUAGAUAUUGGCUUACUUUUAUUGGCUGGUCAACAGUCUUUAAAUCAAGUAGCCCUUCAAAUGAUGCAUACAAAAAAUUCAUUAUUUGAAAGUCUUUAUCAUGCAGGUGCAGAAUUUCCACGUCUUGAAAGUUUAACACUAGGCUAUUUAGAUCCUUAUCAAUCACGUAUAACAGUUUCGGAGUUGACGAGUCUUGGUAUUGGGGAAUCAGCUGAUCACGUGUUACCUAUCUGCGCGAUAACUGACUGGGGUUUAGCUCUGGCAUUUUUCAUUAGUCCACGAUUAAUCAAUAUAACUAUACGUAAUGCACCCUACCUAAAGGAUAUAGCUAGAUGGUUUUCAGCUAGUUUUUGUGGUGAAGAACCACUUCAUCAUAUUGAACCAACAGUUCAGCCUUCAUCCAGUGCCAAUAAUAAUAAUGUUGAUCCACUUGUUCAACAGACAGCUACUAACAGUACAACAGAACAACAAUCUACACAGUCUUGUGGAAUGGAUAGUCCGUCUAAGACACAUUCCCUACCUUUACGGUCGUUAAACCUGGAAAAUUGUCCUGGGAUAUCUGUUGAAACUCUUGAACGUGCUAUCAACACUGGACAUCCUUUCCCAUGUUUGGAGACAAUUGUUCUGAGAAAUAUGUUCGUUGCUCAAUAUGGUGAGAGAAAAGACUUCUUACAGACUUCUUCAGUGGGUACCACUACUACUACUACUACUGUGAAUGAAUCAAUAGACUGGCGUAAACUCAGUCAUUUACUAGCAUUAUCAGAUCUUCUAGCUGCUCGUCAAUUUGGUUAUUCGCCUUUAUCCCCUGAAGGUAUUGGUUUAGGAUCAUCUAUACGCGAUGUGAUUCAUAUCAAUCCACCACGGAAUUUUAUGCCUGAUUCUUUGCGGACAAAACCUAAUGAUCUAUUUUGUUCACUUAGAGCGCAUACCUAUUUGAACAGUUUAUUGGAACUAGAUGGUUCGUGUGGUUGGUCAAUGUUAUCAUCAUCGCAAGAACCAAUGAAUCGUGUGGCUAAAACUCUAUUUUCAGACACUGUACAUAUCCCAGUUUCGAAUAAUACAGAAGCAAGCCCAGAGAUGAUGGAGGAUAAUUCAUCACCACCCGAUUUUAUAUCUCAGUCUACACAGACAUGUAUAUGUGGUAUGCUAGAAUGGGAUGUUAUGCUAAGAAUGUUUCAAUCUCGAUUAACUGUUGACACAAAAGCACCAAGAAGAAGUAGUUGUAAUAGUAAAGCUUCAUCAUCAUCAUCUUCUGAAAGUGUAACUUCUACGCCUGAUACUUCUUCUCCUUCUUCUUGCUCUGGACGGAAUUCAUUAUUGCGUUCAGCGGCGACAGCAGCAGCUGGAGCAUCAUCAUCAAGUCAAAACAACACUGAGAGUCAGACAACCGCCUCCACGUCUGAUGGUGGUACACCUACUGUUACUUCUACUACUACUAAUAAUAAUAAUGGAAUGAUGCCUCAACUAAUCCAACUUGGUGGUAUUUAUGCAUUUCAUCCUUACCCUCCAUCAAUACAGCAUAAAAUGUUAUGCAAAGUGAUCACAGCCUCUGAAUGGACUCAAUUAAUUUUCAAAAUGUCUCCGUUAUUCGGUCUUCCAUCAGGUCAGAUUGUUCAUCCUGUCACGGGUUCUAAUGAGUGUUCAGGGUGUGCUUCUGAUCCUCUUCUUUAUUCUCAGGGUAUUAUAAAUUAUCAGAUAUCUGCUCCGUGUAAAGAGCCUAGUCAACGUAAAUUACCAUCAAAAUGGUUAGCACGUGAUGCUUGUAUAGAUACUAGUGAAUUAAGGUGUUUUUCACUGCCAAAACCUCAAAUACUUACAAUUCAUGCUGUUCAUAGUUGUCUUACUUCAUUGCAUUUUGAAAAAGUUGGAAUUUCACAUUUAAUUUUAAGUGAAGCACCUCAUUUGAAGAAUAUCACAUUAGAAAAUUGUACAGAAUUGAGGGCAAUAUUAUUUAACAAUGAAAAAUUCUCCACCUCCCAUUUGGCUACCUAUCCUCCCACUUCCAAGUCCUCCUCCUCCUCCUCCUGCUCUUCAUCAUCAUCAUCAUCAACAACAAUGACAACUGAUGACGCCGCUCCUAAAGAAUCCACCGUGAAACGUGAUGAUCCUUUGCCAGCACUUCGACGUAUUCGUAUUAUUAAUUGUCCAAAAUUUGCAAUCUAUAAUUUCUUAUAUAGUGUUGCUAAACUAUAUCCAGUGCAUAAUGAGAAUUUGUCAAUUACCUAUAGACCAUUUGGACAGUAUAAUAGUGGUGUAGAACGUGCCCUAUGGGAUUAUUGUCAACAUGCGCAUAUUUUUAUUUCACAUGAUAAUAAAAUAAAUGAAAGUGAACGUGCUAUGGAAGAAUGUCAUUCAACUUUUGAUCAAUUGUUUAGAGACGUGAUGACUUUCUCUGACAUGGCUAUCCGUCGUGAUCUGUUCCCCGUGUAUCCUAAACCAACGGAGGUGCUGAAGAAUGCUGUACAAAGACGUCGUAGAUACGGUGACGAUUGGGAUUUUGUUACAGAUAUCCCAUGGGUACAUGAAGUAUGCUGUUCUUUACUUGGAUAUAGUGGUGAAUCACGUCGAUCGCCUAAAUCGGAUCAAUUAUAUGAAUUAUUAUCAGAAUAUCAAGCAAUUGCAUCAUUAUCAGUGUGUAAAUUUCAACGACAUGGUAUACAUUUGCAUGUUCAGUGUAGAAAUGUACAUUCCUCAUUGUCAUUAUCGACAGUAACACCACCGCCACCACCAUCACCAACAACUCCAACACCAACAUCGUCUGUAAAUGAAGAGGAGGCUGGCAACAGUCAAGACGACAACGCAUGUCCUCUUCAUCCUCAUCCUCCUCCACCUCCUCCUCCGCCUAGAGAUAAGGAUCUAAGUCAUUUUACUCCGCAUAAGCGUAAAUCAUACAUUAAUUGGCCUUAUACAAAUAAAAUGUUAUUGGUAACACAUCCAUCGAAUGAUCCUAAUACAAUGAAGUAUGUUUUGAAGGAGAAACUUCCCACUACUCACAACGCCUUUAUCGCCUCGACGUCAAGAACAAAGGAUAAUUCUGGUUCUGAUGAUGAUAAUAAUAAGAGUCAUAAACUCCCAUGGCAACGGUUAUUAUUAUCACAAGAAGAAAGAGUAUCAGGAGUGGUUAAACCGCCUGCAUAUUAUAUUCCAGUAGCCUUAAUACCAUCACGUUUUAAGAGGAAGGCAAAUUUACCUCCUAUUCCUGAUGACGACGACGUUGUUGUUGAUGAUAAUGCUGAUGAUGAUAGUGUUUGUCGUCGUCCAGUUAAACAAAAUUGUCAAGAAAGUAUUUAUUCAACCAGAAAUCAUAAUGAUCAAUCUCUUGCGUCGUUGUCAUCGUCUUCGUCUUCGUCUACUCCCACCACGUCUACUAUCAUCACCACAUCUCUUCCCUCAGGCAAUCAACAUUUAUCUACAGUUCCAUCAACGUCAGCAUCAAUACAAUAUGAUCAUCAUCAUCAUCAUCGAUCAGGUGGUGGUGUUGUUGUUGUUCCACGGAAACGUUCACUCCCUCCAUCAUCAUCAUUAUGGUUAUAUUCAAAAUCUUGUAAAAAGUCGAAACAGUAAUUUUCUAAUUUGUUUACAUGUGUGUGUGUGCGUGCGCACGUAUCGUCAUGUCGUUGACACGCGUGUACACACUCAACGAUUGCCAACUUCUAACCCUCCCCCCCGCUUUCAUUCUCCCAUGUGUCUGCCACUCUCUCUCUCUCUUGUACUCUUGUUCGCCUGUUUAUAUAUCUGCUUAUUUUGUUGGGAUUUUUCAUCAUUUCCACAUUGGUCUUUUUUUCUCUCCUCCUCGACAUGUGUGUCUGUACACACAUAUAUGCAUGUCUAAAAGACCGUACACUAUUUUGCUCAUAGUACUUUCGUCUCCCCCUGAUCACACUGAAGCAUCAGUAUGUGUGGGUGUGGGUGUGUAUACUUUCUUGUUUUUGUCGCAUUUGCGAAGACAACAUGCCAGCAAUCAAUUCUUGCUACUUGUUUAAUCUACAAAUAUAACAAUUUAUUUCUCAUUAUUACUAUUAUCACUAUUAUUAUUAGUAGUAGUAUUUAGUAGUAUUCUUUGAUUCUGCUUACCUAAUUGCAUUUUCUCCAGGACACACAUUCAGUUUUUUCGCGGAAUAUAUACACAUAUGUAUGAUUGUUCCCAUGAGUGUAGUAGUUUGUGUUGGUGUGGAUAAAGGUGUUUUUGGUUGGGGGUCGAUGGAUGGAGGAGGGUCGGUGAGUAAUGGUACUACUCAUACACAUAUGUGUGCAUGUUGUAUGUAUGUGCCUUCGGAAUAAACUGUAUAUCCCUUUCUACACACACACACACACACCCUCUUACUGCCUAUGUGUUGUCAAUGAUUCGUACAGUGUUGAUGAUGACAACAAGUGUGUAGAGUAGAGUCGCGCUGACAUAUUAUUCUAUUCACCAGUGAGCAGUAGUACUGAGUUGAUAGUUGGACAAAAAUUUGUUUUUUUACCAUAUUCUCUUUCUUUGCCAUUACUAUUAUUAUUAUUAUUCCAUUUUUGUAUAAAUUAUCGCCCUCCCCCACCCCAGGGAAAGUGUUUUUAAAAGCAAUCCCCUCCACCAGGAUGUAUCUAUACACACCAAUACACAUACAAACAAUACCCCUGUCACAAUGCCUUCCUCUUUUUUCUCUAUUCACAUUAUCUUCCAUGUGCUGAGCUGCGUGGCGCCCCACCGUCGGGGGCACCCUACUACUACUACUACUACUACUACAUCUGGUGUUGGUAUUUAUCAUGGUGGUCGGCUGAAUCAAAGGAUCAACUAUUUCAUGUCUUCUUGGUCGGUUUGUUAGUUGGUCAGUUAGUCAGUUGGUUAAUCACACUUUGUUUAGUAGUUAGAGAGAUAGGUCUGUGAUAUGCAGUGAAUACGAUGAUGAUAAACUGUUUGUUUGAGAGCUGGUGAUUAUUUAUUAAUGAUGAUAUGUGGAUAGUAAGUAAGUAGGUAGGGUAAGUAAGUAAUAACUACAAUACCACCACCACCACCACAUUUCUAUGACUGAUAGAAAUCUUGUGUGUCCAGCACAAAAAUGUUUUUUUCUCCGUUUAUUAUCUAUCUGUGAAUUAUUAACUAUUAUUUUUUCUUCUCAUGUGUAUAUGUCACACGCAUGUCAUAUAUUUCUCAUUUUUGUAUCAUCAGAAUUAAUAGUUGAACUUGGUUUAUUUGUUGUUUGAUAGUUAGUUUACCUUCUUUGCCGCCUCCCACCCUCCUUUCGGUCCUCCUGUGAUGACGACCUCUCACUCAAGCAACCAACUAACCAGUCAGUCAGUCAAUCAUCACGCUUUGUCCAUUUGUCUACGAAUGUCCUGGCAUUCUCUAUACACACAUGCAUACAUUUGACUGACAGAUAUUAUACUGGGCCAUACCUAUAAGCGUUCCAUACCCGCUACUACUAUUCACUCACCCAUUCACUCUCCUACUCACAGUUUAUGUUUAAUCGUUUGUAUUUCUUUCCUUCUAUCUUUUUCUUGCUCUCCGCUCCACUGCUUCCGCCAUUUCUUUUUUUUGUAUUUCAUUCAUUCCACCUGUUGUUAUGUUGUCGUCAGCCGCACCAUUCUGGUGCGCGUAAGGUACCGGGGUGUAUAGGUGUGCGUGCAGUCAGACCUCACAGAUUGACUGUGUCUGUCUCUGUUUGAGUGUGUACGCCUCCGUGAGUCAAUAAGUAGUAUUGUAUGAUGAUGACUGGAUCUAUAGAUUGGUAUUAUUGGUAUUAUUAUUAUUGUAUGUAUUCUCGCUCUCUCCCCCUCUCUCUCUCUCCCUCUGAUAAGUGUGUGUAAGUCACAAUAUUUGAAAUCGUUUCGUUUCGUUGUGUUGGCGUCGACGUUGAUGUCUUUGUUGUUUUUGUUGCUGUUGCUGUCAGUGUUGUUCUUGUUUUUUUAAUUUCGCUUUUUGUGGAAUAAAAAGAAACGUUUAUUGCACAAGUUUAUAUAUAUAUAUUUGAAGAGAAAUCUUUUUUCCCUGUUACGAAAUUAUUAUUAUUAUUAUUCCUACUAGUAAUGAUUCUUCUUAUUAUUAUUAUUACAAAUAUUAAUGUCAGCUCACUAAGAAUGUAAUACACGAAUUUUCAAUUUUCUUAUCAAAA